AUGCAUCCCGCACAUCGAUCCCGGGAUGUUUGGCAACCUGGGUUGUAUUUUUUGACGUUCACACCAACCACAACCGGGGAAUUUCUAGCCCGGGUAUUACAAAAUCCCGGGUUUUGUCCGGAGUUUUGCUUGCAGUUUAAAAGGGGUAACGAAUGUGUUGGUCCCAAUCCCUGCAACAAUUCUGGAGUCUGUAAUAUUACUUCACCUGAUUACUCCAUGUAUGAGUGUCUCUGUGCUGGAACUGGAUAUGUUGGAGAUAACUGUGAUAUUGAUGACCCCUGCUCACCAAGUCCCUGCUUCAACAAUGGUGUCUGCAAAUGGAAUGAGACGGAUAACACGUUUACAUGUAACUGUGCUGGAACAGGUUACCAAGGAGAUUUAUGUGAAGAUGAUAAUAUGUGUUUCCCUAAUCCUUGUUCAAAUGAUGGUGUGUGCAGUGAUGAUGACAACGUCGGUACGUGUGAUUGUAGUGGGACAGGCUUUCAAGGCUUCCGUUGUGAUAAAGUUGACCCUUGUAGUCCUAAUCCUUGUAUUGCGGGUGUUUGUAGCAGCCUCGAUAACGUAACAGCAACGUGUGACUGCAGUGGGACAGGAAUGCAAGGUGAUUACUGUGAAACAAAUAAUCCUUGUUCUCCCUCACCCUGUUUGAAUGCUGGGGAAUGUACUGUCAACGGGAAUGGUAGUUACACGUGUAAUUGCACUAAUACCGGCUAUUUUGGCAUCGAUUGUGACAUAUCUGUUGCCGAAGAUAUAUGUUACGAUUACCCUUGCCAAAAUUAUGGAAUUUGUUCAUACGAUGCAAUGAUAAAUACCUACACCUGUGAUUGCUCUUCGACUGCAUAUGUUGGGAAAAACUGUACAAUUCGUAAUAACUGUGUUGGUCCCAAUCCCUGUAACAAUUCUGGAGUCUGUAAUAUUACUUCACAUGAUUACUCCACCUAUGAAUGUCUCUGUGCUGGAACUGGUUUUCUUGGAGAAAACUGUGAAAUCGAUGACCCUUGCUCACCAAGUCCAUGUUUAAACAACGGCGUUUGCGAAUUGAAUGAGACCGAUUACACUUACGUUUGUGACUGUGCUGGAACAGGUCACUAUGGAGUAUUGUGUGAAGAUGAUAAUGUUUGUUCCCCAAAUCCUUGUUUCAAUGAUGGCGUAUGCACUGACACUAACAACGAGGUAUCGUGUGAUUGUAGUGGGACAGGAUUUCAAGGUUCCCUGUGUGGUUUAGAUUCAAGUAAUUCAAUAAAGAAUUAUGCUACAGCGCUAUACAGAGGUUUACUGUUAGUUAAGGGAGCAGCUUGCCUCACCCAGAAAGCAGCUUAA